AUGGCUCAGAUAUCCAGUAACAAUGGAGUUAAGCAGUGUUCAUCUUCACCUUUGGGGCCAGCAAAAACAAAAGAUGUGGACAGAGAAGAAGCAUUACAGAUGGAAGCUGAAGCUCUAGCAAAACUGCAAAAGGACAACAAAAGAGUGGUUGAAAAUCAGCCAGGCUUUGAAAUCUUAAGUAAUACUGCUCAAAAAUCACAAGAAAUUCAUAGUAAACAGGACCUUGAUCUCAUGGUGUUUCCUGAAUCAGAUUCACCCAAAAGGGCUGUAGACAUUGAUAUUGAAAAGCUAACUCAUGCUGAACUUGAGAAACUACUGCUAGAUGACAAUUUUGAAUCUAGUAAAGCACCUACGGUGCCAGGUACUCCUGUCUUGAGCCCUUCUUUUUCAGCACAGUUUUAUCUACGGCCUACUAUUCAAAGGGGGCAAUGGCCACCUGGAUUUCCUGGGCCUUGCACUUUACCUUCUAUUUAUCCAUCACCUUACUGUAAACAGGCUGGUGCAUUCCAAAAUGGCUUCAGUUCAAGCAUGUCUACAUUUCCAUCUCCUGAACCUAUUUAUUUAAGUUUUCCAAGACAAUCCCAAUACAUUUCUUACCCUUUGACACCUUCUACAUCUUUUAAUCCACAAGGAAGUUUACCCAUUUAUCGUCCAGCAGUCAGUCCUGAAAUGGCAAAACUUUUUGACAAAAUAGCUAGCACUUCAGAAUUUUUAAAAAAUGGUAAAGCAAGGACUGAUUUGGAGAUAAAUAAUACAAAAACUACUGUUAGUAAUUUACAAGGGUCCCCAAAGUCUGAUGAUAUCAGUAAAUUUGACUGGCUAGACCUAGAUCCUUUAAGUAAACCUAAAGUGGAUAAUGUGGAAGUUUUGGACCAUGGAGAAGAGAAAAAUACGCCAGUUUUAACAGCAGAGGAUCCUUGGGAUGCUGUGCUUCUUGAAAAAAGACCAUCAACAGGUUGUUAUCCUGAAAAAAAAGUGAAUGGAAAACCCCUUCUGGGAUCAACAGUAACAAGAAGUCAUUCUUUAAAUAUUAGAUCAGCUCAGCUUACAAAAGCCCAAGGCCAAGUACAUCAGAAAGACAGUGGGACCAGUAGUUUGUCAUCUGGAAGUUCUCUUUUACAAGAAGAUGAAAUCCAGAAUGAAGAGGUGGCAGCUUUUUGUAAAACUGUUUCAAAAUUGAGGACCAACUUUCCACAUACCAGUCGACUCACAAAUCCAGGUUAUGUGCUAAGCCCAGUAAUGAUGCAAAGAAACACGAGCGGAGAGAAUUCUAGUGUGAAGGUUUCCAUAGAAAUUGAAGGAUUUCAGUUACCAGUUACUUUUACAUGUGAUGUGAGUUCUACUGUUGAGAUUAUAAUAAUGCAAGCACUUUGCUGGGUCCAUGAUGACUUGAAUCAAGUAGAUGUUGGCAGCUAUGUCCUUAAAGUCUGUGGUCAAGAGGAAGUGCUGCAGAAUAACCAUUGCCUUGGAAGUCAUGAGUAUAUUCAGAACUCUCGAAAAUGGGACACAGAGAUUAAACUGCAGCUCUUGACCUUCAAUGCAAUGUGUCAAGAUCUGGCUCGAACAGCAGAAGAUGAUAAAACACCUACAGAUUUAAGCAAAUAUCUACACCAUAUAGAAAAUCCAUUUAAAGAAUUCAUGACAAGACAUUCUAUUGAAGAACUUCUAGAUACUUAUCAUAACCAAGUGGAAAUGGCUUUUCAGAAUGAAAACCAACAUAGAGCAGUAGAUCAGGUAAUCAAAGCAGUAAGAAAAAUCUGUAGUGCUUUAGAUGGUGUAGAGACCAUAGCCAUUACAGAAUCUGUAAAGAAACUAAAAAGAGCAGUUAAUCUUCCAAGGAGCAAAAGUGCCGAGGCAACUCCAUUAUCCAGAGGUGAUAUAAUAAGCAAGAGUUCAAGUAGGGGUUCCCUGACUCCAGAAAAUCCUGUUCAAGUAAGCAUGGACCAGUUAACUUCAGCUAUUUAUGAUCUUCUCAGACUCCAUUCAAGCUCAUGUGGUGGUCCCAUAGACUAUGGACAAAAUCAUAGGACCACUAAGGAAGCAUGGACUACAACAGAACAACUCCAGUUUACAAUAUUUGCUGCACAUGGAAUUUCAUCUAGUUGGGUGGCAAAUUAUGAAAAAUACUAUUUAAUUUGUUCCCUGACUCAUAAUGGGAAGGAUCUUUUUAAGCCUAUUCAUUCGAAGAAAGUUGGCACAUAUAAGAAUUUCUUCUAUCUUAUUAAAUGGGAUGAACUAAUAAUUUUCCCCAUUCAGAUCUCACAGUUGCCAUUGGAAUCACUUCUUCACCUUACCCUUUAUGGAAUUUUAAAUCAAAACAGUGGAAGUUCCCCUGACUCUAAUAAACAAAGAAAGGGACCUGAGAUCUUAGGCAAAGUUUCUUUACCUCUUUUUGACUUUAAGCGGUUUUUAACCUGUGGAACUAGGCUUCUCUAUCUUUGGACCUCAUCCCCUACACACCCCAUACCUGGGAUAACCCAUAAAAAAGGACAAGUGAUGGAAAGAAUAGUAUUGCAGGUUGACUUUCCUUCCCCUUCAUUUGAUAUCAUUUAUACGACUCCUCAAGUUAAUGGUAGCAUUGUACAGCCACAGUGCUUAGAAACACUGGAAAAAGAUACUAAAGGAAAACUUCUUGCCAUUCUUUCCAGAGAUUCUUCAUUUGGACUUUCUAAAGAAGAUAAAGCCUUUUUGUGGGAGAAGCGUUAUUAUUGCCUUACUCACCCAAACUGUCUUCCAAAAAUACUAGCAAGUGCCCCAAACUGGAAAUGGGCAAAUCUUUCUAAAACAUACUCAUUACUUCAGCAGUGGCCACCAUUGCCUCCACUGAAUGCCCUGGAACUGCUAGAUUCAAAAUUUGCUGAUCAGGAAGUAAGAUCCUUGGCUGUGAACUGGAUAGAGACAAUUAGUGAUGAUGAGCUAGCCGAUUUUCUCCCACAGUUUGUUCAAGCUUUAAAGUAUGAAAUUUACUUGGAUAAUUCAUUAGUGAGAUUUCUCUUGUCCCGAGCAUUGGGAAAUAUUCGGAUAGCACACUACUUAUAUUGGCUGCUGAAAGAUGCCCUGCAUGAUGCACAGUUCGGGGUUCGAUAUGAGCAUAUUCUUGGGGCUUUCCUGUCAACUGGAGGAAGGGGUCUAAGAGAAGAGCUCUUAAAGCAGACGAAACUUGUACAGCUUUUAGGAGGAGUGGCAGAGAAGGUCCGACAGGCCAGUGGGUCAUCUCGACAGGUUGUCCUCCAAAGAAGCAUGGAACGUGUACAGUCAUUUUUCUUACAAAAUAAAUGUCGUCUCCCUCUCAAUCCAAGUCUUGUGGCAAAAGAACUGAAUGUUAAGACAUGUUCCUUCUUCAGUUCUAAUGCAGUUCCCCUGAAAGUCACUAUGGUGAAUGCUGAUCCUUUAGGAGAGGAAAUCAAUGUCAUGUUUAAGGUUGGUGAAGAUCUACGACAAGAUAUGUUGGCUUUACAAAUGAUAAAGAUUAUGGAUAAGAUCUGGUUAAAGGAGGGACUGGAUCUGAGAAUGGUCAUUUUCAAGUGUCUUUCAACAGGCAAAGAUAGAGGUAUGGUGGAGCUUGUACCUGCUUCAGAUACACUCAGGAAAAUCCAAGUAGAAUAUGGAGUGACAGGAUCCUUUAAAGAUAAACCACUUGCAGAAUGGCUGAGGAAGUAUAAUCCUUCUGAAGAAGAAUAUGAAAAGGCUUCAGAGAAUUUCAUCUAUUCUUGUGCUGGAUGCUGUGUAGCCACCUAUGUGUUAGGUAUCUGUGAUCGGCACAAUGACAAUAUAAUGCUACGCAGUACAGGACAUAUGUUUCACAUUGACUUCGGAAAAUUUUUGGGCCAUGCACAAAUGUUUGGUAGCUUUAAAAGAGAUCGGGCUCCUUUUGUGCUAACCUCAGAUAUGGCAUAUGUCAUUAAUGGAGGUGAAAAGCCUACCAUUCGUUUCCAGUUGUUUGUGGACCUCUGUUGCCAGGCCUAUAACUUGAUAAGAAAGCAAACAAACCUCUUCCUUAAUCUUCUUUCACUGAUGAUUCCUUCAGGGUUACCAGAACUUACAAGCAUUCAGGACUUGAAAUAUGUCAGAGAUGCUCUUCAACCUCAAACUACAGAUGCAGAAGCUACAAUUUUCUUUACAAGGUUGAUUGAAUCAAGUUUGGGAAGCAUUGCUACAAAAUUUAACUUCUUUAUUCACAACCUUGCUCAACUUCGUUUUUCUGGACUUCCUUCUAAUGAUGAGCCCAUUCUUUCAUUUUCUCCCAAAACAUACUCCUUUAAACAAGAUGGUCGAAUCAAAGAAGUUUCUGUUUUUACAUAUCAUAAGAAAUACAAUCCAGAUAAACAUUAUGUUUAUGUAGUAAGAAUUUUGAGAGAGGGACAAAUUGAACCAUCAUUUGUCUUCCGAACAUUUGAUGAAUUUCAGGAACUUCACAACAAACUUAGUAUUCUUUUUCCACUUUGGAAGUUACCAGGCUUUCCUAAUAGGAUGGUCCUGGGUAGAACUCACAUAAAAGAUGUAGCAGCCAAAAGGAAAAUUGAGUUGAACAGUUAUUUACAGAGUUUGAUGACUUCUUCAGUAGAUGUUGCCGAGUGUGAUCUUGUUUGUACUUUUUUCCAUCCUUUACUUCGUGAUGAGAAAGCUGAAGGAAUUGCUAGAUCUGCAGAUGCAAAUCCCUUGAGUCCUACCUCUGGCCAAGUAGGAGGAGCAGUGAAACUGUCUAUCUCUUACCGAAAUGGCACUUUAUUCAUCAUGGUGAUGCAUAUCAAAGAUCUGGUUACUGAAGAUGGGACGGACCCAAACCCUUAUGUAAAAACAUAUCUACUUCCUGAUACCCACAAAACAUCAAAACGUAAAACCAAGAUUUCACGAAAAACUAGAAACCCAACAUUUAAUGAAAUGCUCGUAUACAGCGGAUAUAGCAAAGAAACAUUGAGACAAAGAGAACUUCAGUUAAGUGUACUCAGUGCAGAAUCUUUACGGGAGAAUUUUUUCCUAGGUGGAAUAACUCUUCCUCUAAAAGAUUUCAAUUUGAGCAACGAGACAGUUAAAUGGUAUCAACUGACGGCAACGCUAUAUUUGUAAAUUCACCAGUGUUGGAUGAUUGGAAGCAAGAGGAGAUGAAUGAACCCUGCUGACUUGUGAACAAAAUUUUGUAUGUUUUUUUCUACUUGGACAGAAUUUAAGACAUUAAACAAACUUAGCGUUUUCAGCACAUCUAUUGGACCAACCACCACAAAAUUAGCAUGAUGGAAUUUUAUGGGAACCAUCUAUAAUUUUAAAGUUACCAUGGGAUGCUGCAAAUCCCAAACUUAAUUUUUUUUACCAGUUUCUUAAAAUAUGUGCUUUUUGAUAUUGAAGUUUUUCAACCAUCCUUAACUAUUCAGAGUAAUAAUUUUGGCUUAGUUUCGUUGUACUGUAUCAGUUCACCCUCUUAUCUUUCUAUUUCCCACUCUGCAAAUUUGAUGUAUUUUCCUCUUUGCUGUUACUAAAUUUUACAUUCUAGUCACUAUUGUGUGUAUGAAAACAUCAAAGCAGAGAAAGGUACAUCAUUUUAGCAAAAGAAGUCCCCUGCUGUUUUCUUCAUUACUGUAAAGUACAUCAUAAAUAGAGGAUGGCUAAAAACUACUGGAUAGUACAAAAGUUGAAAGAAGUAAGAAACUGGAUAGUGUUGCUUUUUAUACUAUUCACACCAGAGUCCAAUGUCUUUAAAACCUCUUUCAGAGUGAGUGCCAACAAUGGAAGUUGUAAAUAAUGGUGCCUU